AUGUGUGAAACAAAUCCUAAUGAAACCAACACCAUGAUCCUCACCAACCCUUUAAUCCCAAAAGCAAAAAAGAACCAAACUUUACACACCCAUCUCUCUCACACCUUCAAAGAAAUGACUUCAACCUCAAAAAUAGCCUUCCCAAUGAUCCUAACAGGUGUUCUCUUGUAUUUUAGAUCCAUGAUUUCAAUGCUUUUCCUUGGCCACCUCAAUGACCUUGCUCUUGCUGGUGGCUCCCUUGCUGUUGGCUUUGCCAACAUCACUGGCUACUCCAUUCUCCCUGGUCUUGCAGUUGGCAUGGAGCCAAUUUGUGGCCAAGCUUUUGGUGCUAAAAAGUUUACACUCCUUGGUCUUUGCCUCCAAAGAACCAUUCUCUUGCUUAUUUUAGUUUCAAUCCCAAUUUCAAUCUCAUGGCUUUACACGAAAAAACUACUCUUGUUUUUCAACCAAGAGGAAGAAAUAGCAACAAUGGCUCAAACUUAUAUUCUCUACUCAAUCCCUGAUCUUGUUGCUCAGUCUUUCAUACACCCUUUGAGAAUCUACCUUAGGACUCAAUCCAUUACUCUUCCUCUCACUCUUUGUGCAGCUUUUUCAAUCAUUCUCCACAUACCCAUUAAUUAUUUUCUUGUCUUUUACCUCAAUUUGGGUAUUAAAGGUGUUGCCUUAAGUGGGGUAUGGACAAAUUUCAACCUUGUUGCUUCUUUGAUCUUCUACAUUUACUUCUCCGGCACACACCGAAAGACGUGGCCCGGAUUUUCUUUAGAAUGUUUCCAGCAGUGGUUACCACUUAUAAACCUCGCCAUUCCAAGCUGCAUUUCUGUAUGCUUGGAAUGGUGGUGGUACGAAUUCAUGACCAUCUUUUGUGGCUACCUAAUCAACCCAACAACAAGUGUUGCAUCAAUGGGUGUGUUGAUUCAAAUCACUUCAUUGAUGUACAUUUUACCUUACUCACUAAGCAAUAGUGUUUCAACAAGAGUUGGUAACAUGAUAGGUGCACAAAAGCCAUCAAAGGCUAAACUUUCAGCUAUUUCAGGCCUAUCAUUCAGCUUCAUUUGUGGUUUACUAGCAUUCAUUUUCACUCUUUGUGUAAGAAACAUAUGGGCUAGAAUGUUCACAAAUGACCAAGAAAUCAUUACCUUAACAGCAAUGGUUUUACCAAUUAUAGGUUUGUGUGAACUAGGUAACUGUCCUCAAACAACUGGUUGUGGUGUUCUUAGAGGAACAGCAAGACCUAAAGUUGGUGCUAACAUAAACCUAGGAUGUUUUUAUCUUGUCGGAAUGCCGGUUUCCAUUUGGUUAGCAUUCUAUGGUGGAUAUGAUUUUCAAGGUCUUUGGCUUGGUUUGCUUGCUGCUCAGGGAUCAUGUGCUGUUACUAUGUUGAUUGUUGUUUAUAAAACUGAUUGGAAAUUUGAAGCUUCAAGAGCAAGGAAUCUAGUAACUGGAUCAGAAAGUGGUGAGAUUGAUCAAGAGAAGUUACUUGGUUCUGAAAAUAAUGAACUUUUUUUGACAUUUGUUGAUGAUGUUGAAGAUGAAGAUGAAGAUGAAGAUGAUGAUGUUGAUGAUGAUGAUAAUGAAGAGUGUUUGUGUUUGGUUUAA